AUGAAAACCUACGUACCAGGCAAGCCGCCGAAACCGAAGCCGACCCCGCUGCCGCCGAUCAAGUACGGCAUGAUCCUGUUCCGGUCGUUUGAGCCGCUCGACGUGUUUGGACCGCUCGAGGCUCUGCACAUGCUGUCAAAAAUCCGUCAUUUGCAACUUUUUCUCAUCUCCGAGACCAUGGAGGUGGUGACCACGCAGCCCGUGGUAGCAGCUAUGAACCCGAUGAAUUCGACUAUGUACCCAACGCUGCCGCCAACCCAUACCCUUAGCACGGUUCCGGACGACCUCGACGUUCUUAUGAUCCCCGGCGGCCUCGGUACUCGGUCCCCUCUCAUCAAUGCCACGAUCGAUUACAUCGCCGCCACGUAUCCCAAGGUGAAGUACCUCAUCACCGUGUGCACCGGUUCCGCCCUCGCCGCCAGGGCGGGCAUCCUUGACGGCAAGCGUGCCACGACCAACAAGGCUUCGUGGGAUGCCAACGUGAUAUAUGGCCCCAAGGUGAAGUGGGUUCCGCGUGCGCGGUGGGUCGUCGAUGGGAAUGUCUGGACAUCGUCAGGCAUAUCGGCGGGGAUAGAUGCUACCCUCGCGUUCAUUGAGGAGAUGUAUGGGAAAGAGAAUGCGACCUAUGUGGCGAAUCUGAUGGAGUACGAGAGGCAUGGUGAUCCGAACCGGGAUCCGUUUUCGGACGUUUUCAAUGUUGCUGGCGCGAAGUGA